AUGGCCCGUGCAGUCAACAUAUCUCCAUUCGCUUCAUAUACAGUCGUGCCAAUUACUUCGGCAUGGCCUCCGGACGAUCCGCAAGCCGAUCGAGUUCAAUUUGCUGGUAUGACGACUGGAAAAGCGCUGCUAGCUAUUGCAAUUGUUGCUAUGAUUAUUAUGACAACCGUUGGUAAUGCGUUGGUUUGCCUCGCGGUUUUACUUGUGCGGAAACUGAAACACCCGCAAAAUUUUCUUCUGGUUUCACUCGCAGUUGCCGAUUUCUUUGUCGGUCUUGUCGUGAUGCCACUUGCACUGAUUGACCUCCUAUUUGAUAAAUGGCCACUUGGAAGUUCAAUGUGCUCAGUGUACACUACAUCCGACCUAACACUGUGUACCGCGUCCAUUGUAAAUUUGUGCGCAAUAUCAGUCGACAGAUACUUGGUUAUCUCUAGUCCUCUUCGAUAUUCCGCAAAACGCACGACGAAGCGAAUCAUGGUUUACAUUGCCUGCGUAUGGAUCAUUGCUGCCAUAGUGAGCAUCUCAUCGCACAUCAUCGCCAAUCUUCUGGACGACGGCACUUAUGUCGAUGACACGGGAACUUGUCAGGUCAUUCCUCAUUUCAUCUAUCAAAGCUAUGCCACCAUCAUCUCGUUCUAUGCUCCAACUUUCAUCAUGGUAAUUCUGAACAUCAAGAUUUGGAGGGCUGCAAAAAGAUUGGCGGCACAAGACAGGUUAAUGUCACAUUGCAAUUCGGUUGAUGCAUCGGAGAGGCCACAAAAUGGGUCCGCUGAAACGAAAGACUUCUUGCAAGACAAAGAAACGAUUGAUGUUCCUAAAAAAGAGAGGGCCAAUUCAACCAACUCGAGGCUGUUCAAAUUGGAACGGAAAUAUCUCCACCGACCAAGCGCAUUCUUCUCUGCUGCAAAAGGACCACUGAUUCGUCAGACGGAGAAAAGCGAAUGCAAAGCAAGAAAAACAUUGGGGGUCAUCAUGUCUGUGUUUAUAAUCUGUUGGCUUCCGUUCUUCAUUCUUGCCAUUUUCAAAUCAUUUGGCAUGCAGAUUCCUGAUUGGUUGGAUCUACUUGCAUUAUGGCUUGGGUAUUCCAAUAGCACAUUGAACCCAUUAAUCUACUGCAAAUACAACAAAGAGUUCCGGAUACCGUUCCGUGAAAUGCUUGCCUGCCGUUGUGCAACUCUUCAGACUGUCAUGAGACAGCAAAGUUUCACAAGCCGCUAUGGACCUCCUGUGUAA